GUGUGGCAGACACCUGCUUUUCCCAACUCAGCACACGCCAAUCUCAUUGCCGCGUCGCCUUGUCAGGUUUCCACCACUCCUCGGCUUCCCUCGCCGCGUCACCAGGUCAACAUGGCAUGCGCGCGCAGCGCGGCUGUGGCUUCCAGGGCGGCACCAAGCGGCAGGCCCUGCCUGGGGGACCACACCACACCACUCCUGGCAAGGCUUGGCUGGACUCUCAGGAGUUGGGGUGGGACCUGUCAGGUCAGAACUCAGGCGAAGGAGCAGGGCAGGAGAGAGCCGAAUGUGUUCUGACGCUCUGAAGCCACUGGGCCAAUCCACCGAGUUCGACUCGAUACGGACCCACUUGACACGUGGCGCUACUAGACCCAAGCGAAUUAGUACUCUUCGACCACUGAUCCAUCCUAGUAGAAGCGUCCAUUCGAUCGGCCUUGAGCCUACUAUCUGUGUACGAUGACUAGCACGCGGCGCGCUAGCUAGAUUGCACGAAUCACGACAGCCAGUCGAGAGUCGACCAGAGGAUACUCGUUCGAAAACAACGGGGGCGGCUCGACGCUUCUGGAGACUAAGAGACGCAUCUGCAUACUAGCUGUGGGUCUUAGAUUCCUCGAGAUCCGCGGUUAUCGUGUCGGGCGGCAUCAUUGCCAGUGGGAAUGGCGGCUACUACUCUAUCGGCGCCUGUCGCGGUCGUCGCCGCCGCGAUUGUGCUGCUGAUCGCCGCGCAAGCAGCGGCGGCGGCGGCGGAAGGGGAGGAUUCUUGCGGGGUCGGGAUGGUCCCGUGCCCGAGCGGGUCCGGGUGCGUGCGAGCAGAUAAGAUCUGCGACGGCGUGUUCGACUGCGAAGACGGCAGCGACGACGGCUACGACUUCUGCCUGUCGUUCGACUGCGGCAGUAUCGGGAAGACGUGGUGCCGGGAGGGCUACCAGUGCUACCCUCGCAGUGGCUACUGCGACCUCAACUACGACUGCACGGACGGCAGCGACGAGGAGCCCGAGCGCUGCUACUCCAUCUACCAGAGCAAGGACCUCUGCGCGCCCAAGGGCCUGGUGAAGUGUGCCAACGACGUGGGUUACUGCAUCAGCCCGCAGGACGUGUGCGACAGCAUCCCCCAGUGCUCCGACGGCUGGGACGAGCUCAACUGCCUCAACCACACGUGCCGCCCCGGCCAGCUGCAGUGCCCCCUCACCGGCUACUGCACCCAGGGCCGGCUCUGCGACGGCAAGCCGGACUGCUGGAGCGACAAGGGGGUGGAGGACGAGGACCCGGCGUUCUGCACGGGGCAUGUGUGUCCGGAGGGGUGGAGAAAGUGUGGGGAUGGGCUGCAGUGUGUGGAAGCUGGGAAGUGGUGCGACGGUGCUGUGAACUGCUUGGAUGGGAGUGAUGAGGGGGCGGUUUGCGCUCCCCCUCCCCCUCCUCCGCCUCCUGCCACUGAAGGGUCAGGUGGUGGUUCAGGUGCUGAGAGCGGUUCAAGUGGUUCAGGUGCUGAGAGCGGCUCAGGUGGCGGCUCAGGUGCUGAGAGUGGGUCAGGUGGCGGCUCAACUGCUGAGAGUGGCUCAGGUAGCAGUUCAGGUGCUGCGAGCGGCUCAGGUGGCAGUUCAGGUGUUUCCAACAACAGCAGCACUCCAGUUGUGUUGAGCAAGGAGGAGGUAGCCAGGCUGAAGAAGCUGGCUCAGGCGAAAAAAGCAGCAGCUGUUGCUGCGAAGAAGCAGAAGAUGGAGGCGAAACGGGCUGCUGCUGAGGAGAAGGGGAAGCAGCAGGAGGCACGGAAUGCAGUGAUUGAGGCCAAGGUGAAAUCUAAGGCGGAUAAGGAGGCUGCUGUUGCUGAGAAGAAGCGGAAGCAGGAGGAGAAGAAGGCAGCGAUUGAGGCUAAGAAGAAGCAGCAGGAGGAGAAGGCAGCUGCGAUUGCAGCGAAGAAAAAGAAAGAAGCUGAGAAGAAGGCGGCGAUUGAAGCUAAGAAGAAGCAGCAGGCAGAGAAGGCAGCGGCUAUUGCUGAGAAGAAGAGGAAGCAGGCUGAGAAGGCUGCUGCGAUUGAGGUAAAGAAGAAGAAGCAAGCUGAGAAGGCGGCAGCCAUAGCAGCUAAGAAGAAUGCAGCCACUAAGUGAUGAGCAGAAAUGGUUGCCUGUAUAUAUAGUGUUGUAGAAAAUAAGAGGGAUGUUAUUCCACUGUACUACAGGUUUGCUGCAUGUGACUUCAUUUGUUCUGUGCUGAUUUAUGUAUGAA